CCGCUAACCCGGAACCUCAUCGCGCGGUACCUUUUCUCACCCGGAACUCACGUUCAUACACAUCCAACAUGGCGGCGCCCGCUCACUGGAACCACGUUUGGGUCGGAUCCGAAACCGGGGCUCUGAAAGGCGUGAACCUCCGCAAGCAAAGAGCCAACAACUUCACGAGCGGCGCGGGGCUGCGGCGGGGGGAGGCCGUGCGCGCGCUCUGCUGGGGGGACCCAGGCGAGACCGAGCUCCUCGUUGGCGGCCUCGACGGCUGCGUCCGGUUGUUCAGCACCGAGAAGGGGAAGUUCACGGAGUCCCGGCCUUGCCCGGGGGGGGAGGGGCCGUUCUGCGGCCUCGCGACGCUCGGCAGCUCCAUCAUCACCUGUGUCGAGUCCGGGCUCAUCAAAGUGUGGGGGGAGGACGGGACCGAGCACGUAACGCUGGAGGCGGGGCCGGGGCUGAACCGGAUGUGCCAGGACCCGGCGCUGCCGCAGAGGGUGGGCACCGGGGGGCGCGAGAACGGGCUCAAGGUCUGGGACCUGCAGCGCCCCGAGGAGCCCGUGUUCCGCGCCAAGAACGUCAGGAACGAUUGGCUCGACCUUCGCGUCCCCAUCUGGGACCGGGACCUCCAAUUCCUGCCUGGCUCCGGCCGCAUCGUCACCUGCACGGCCCAUCGCCAGGUCCGUCUCUAUGACCCUGGAUCCCCGCAGCGGCGCCCGGUGCUGGAGGCGACGUUCGGGGAGGGGCCGCUGACGGCCUUGGCCGUGGUGCCCGGGGAGACCUCGGUGGUGGUUGGCAGCGCCCGGGGGGAUUUGGCUGUCAUCGACCUGCGCAAAGGGCGGGUCCUGCGCUGCCUGAAGGGGGCCGCGGGGGGGGUGCGGGGGCUCCAGUGCCACCCCCAGGGCCCCCUCGUGGCCUCCUGCGGCCUCGACCGCUUCCUGCGCCUGCACCACCUGGGGGAGGGGCGCCUGUGCCACAAGGUCUACCUCAAGUCCCAGCUCAACUGCCUGCUGCUGAGCACCCAACACGACUGGGAGAGCGAGGAGGAGCCAUCCCCCACGGUGGAGGUGAAGGACGAAGAGGAGGAUGCGCUGUGGGACACCAUGGAAACAGUCCCCACCCCCCGGAAACGGGGCAAGAAACGGAAGACACAGGAGGGGUGAACAGGGGGAGGGAUCAGAAAUUGGGGCAAAAAACUCUGAUUUUGGC